GCGCAGCCGGCCAGCGAACGACAAUGCAGGGAGAGAUUUUAAAUGAAGAAGCUGGGAUCGAAAAGGGCGAAAACGCGAGAAUGGCCUCCUUCGUUGGCGCGAUUGCUAUCGCCGAUCUUGUAAAGUCAACGCUUGGCCCUAAAGGUAUGGACAAGAUCUUGCAGUCUGUUUCUUCACGAGAAAACAAGAUCGAGGUAACAAAUGACGGUGCCACGAUCCUCCGUUCAGUACAUAUCGACAAUGCAGCGGCGAAAGUGCUGGUUGACAUUGCGAAGACCCAAGACGAAGAGGUUGGCGAUGGCACAACUAGUGUAGCUGUACUAUGUGGAGAAUUAUUGCGAGAGGCAGAAAAACUUAUCGAUGCUCGCGUGCACCCACAAACUAUUGCGGCUGGAUGGCGUGCAGCAGUAAGACUGGCGCGAAUCGAACUCGAGAAUGCAGCAGCUUCUAACGCCGAUGAAAGCCCAGCUGCAUUUCGACAAGAUCUACAGGAAAUCGCCCAGACAACAUUAAGCUCAAAGCUAGUAUUAUAUGAAAAGGAACACUUCGCUACACUGGCUGUCGAUGCAGUAUUGCGAAUCCGAGGAUCAGAAAACUUGGACUACGUGCAGCUCAUUAAAAAGCCUGGUGGCUCAUUGCGCGACUCGUAUCUAGCUGAUGGCUUUGUGCUUGACAAAAAGAUUGGCAUUGGCCAACCACGUCGCAUUGAAACUGCGAAGGUAAUGGUGGCAAACACUGCCAUGGACACCGAUAAAAUAAAAAUCUACGGUGCCCGUGUCAAGGUAGCCAGCCUCGCGAAAGUUGCAGAGAUAGAAGCCGCUGAAAAAGAAAAAAUGGCGGCCAAGUGUGCACGCAUAUGCGAUCAUGGCAUAAACGUUUUCAUUAAUCGCCAGCUCAUAUACAAUUAUCCUGAAGAAAUAUUUGCCAAACGUGGUGUCAUGGCCAUUGAGCACGCUGAUUUCGAAGGAGUCGAACGUCUCGCCGCCGUAUUAGGGGCCGAGAUUUGCUCUACGUUUGAGCAACCAGAACUUGCUACUCUCGGGACGUGCGAGCUUAUUGAUGAAAUCAUGGUUGGAGAGGACAAGCUCAUCCGUUUUUCCGGUUGCAAGUCUGGUGAAGCAUGCACGAUUGUACUCCGUGGUGCUUCAACUCAUGUUCUUGACGAAGCAGAGCGGUCACUUCAUGAUGCUCUUUGCGUUCUGUCUCGCACUGUAGCUGAAACCCGCACCAUUCCGGGUGGCGGUUGUACUGAGGUCCGUAUGGCCCGUGCAAUUGAUGCCGAAGUCCCAAAUACGCCCGGUAAAAAGGCUCUUGCCAUGGAGGCCUUUGCCAAAGCGCUGCGCACCUUGCCAGCGAUAAUUGCCGAUAAUGGGGGCUUCGAUUCCUCUGAGCUAGUGACCCGCCUGCGAGCUGCUCAUGCUGGUGGUCAUACUACUGCUGGUCUCGACAUGACCAACGGUGAAAUCGCCGAUAUGGGCAAACUGGGGAUCCGUGAAUCCUAUAAAUCGAAGCUACACGUUCUUGUGUCGGCGGCCGAAGCUGCAGAGAUGAUUCUGCGUGUUGAUGACAUUGUGAAAUGUGCUCCUCGCAAACGGGAGGGACACUGAACAUACUCGCUUAGGGCUGAACAGCUGAUGGCUUGUGGUCCCGAGUGCCACCGUGAGCGUUUGCACACACGAAACUGACACAAAUCAAAAGUGCCUGAUCAUGCCUCUCGUAGCCCUUGGGUGCUGUCAGUUGCCUCCAGGUCCGAUUAAGCACCCCGGACGCUUCAAAUAUUGGCCGGACCUCCUGGGCGGCCGCAAGUGCCACGUGUUCGUUGCGUGUUCCGCGGGAAUACCUGGCACCAGCGGGGGCUCCCCGAUGAGAGCACCGUAGACUGGGAUAACGAGGCUUCUUGCACGGCUUCUUACUUAGCCUCGUGAGAGCAGCCCGCGAAAUUCGACGCGCUCUAGCCCCCCCCCCGAACGCGGGAAACUCGACGCGCUCUAGUUUGGGCCCCGCCCGGCCCCCCAGCGCCUGAGUAAAGCCCCCGGCUGCCGACCC